UCUCUCCACUGCUCGCCGUCGUUCAAAGCCUAGUCACGACAUGUCGCAUCUUGCCUGCUGAAGGUCUCAGACGAGCAGAAGCGAGCCAUGCUGAAAGCAAAGACUUUAAUGGACAUGGAACAAAGAAGGACAUCACAAGUGAAUUCAGAGAAGCGAAGCUGGGAGUCACGACACGCCUAUUUCUAAACGAAAGUAUGGGUGGGGGCAAGACGAAUGUCUCUGCGCCAAUCUCGAGUCAAUGCCUGCUGUCAACCGUCGGAUCGCUCUCAACUGCGCAUUUUGACAGCAGCGCGCCACCCUUCGUAAUCUACCGACUACUCGCGAGACACGAACGAUAUAAGGCACUCUUCCCUGAGG